AUGGCUCCCGUAGCUAAGAAGCCACAGGUUAAGAAAAAUGCUGAGAAUAUCAAUACCCGAUUAUCUAUGGUUAUGAAGACUGGUAAAUACGUUCUGGGGUACAAGCAGACGCUGAAAGCUCUUCGUAAUGGCAAAGCUAAACUGGUCAUCAUUGCUAAUAAUACCCCACCUCUAAGGAAGUCUGAGAUCGAAUACUACGCUAUGUUGGCGAAGACCGGAGUUCAUCACUACAACGGCAACAACAUUGAAUUGGGGACCGCUUGUGGUAAACUAUACCAUGUGUGUACGCUUUCCGUAACCGAUGCAGGAGACUCAGACAUCAUUCGCAGCAUGCCAUCAGAGACGGCAUAA